AUGCCGUCGCCAUCUCCGCCGCCGCCAGUGCUGCCGAUCUCGGAGCACGAGGACGAGAUAGUCGCCGCGGUGGACGCGAACCCUGUGGUGGUGGUCAUCGGCGAGACCGGCUCUGGCAAGAGCACUCAGCUCUCACAGAUCCUCCACCGCCGCGGAUACACCCGUCGGGGCGCCAUCGCCGUCACCCAGCCCCGCCGCGUCGCUGCGGUCUCCGUUUCCAGAAGAGUAGCUCAAGAGCUUGGUGUUCCACUUGGGGAUGAAGUUGGUUAUGCAAUCCGAUUUGAGGACAGAACUUCAGAAAGAACAUGCAUAAAGUACCUCACGGACGGCGUUCUCCUUCGUGAAAGCCUUUCAAAUCCUGAGUUGAAGCAAUACUCAGUAAUCAUACUGGAUGAAGCUCACGAGCGUAGUUUAAACACUGAUAUCCUUUUAGGUUUGAUGAAAAGAUUGAUCAAGGACCGAGCCUCAGAUUUAAAAGUUCUAAUCACCUCUGCAACUCUUGACGGUUUAAAAGUUUCGAAGUUCUUCUCAGGAUGCCCUGUGUUAAACAUACCUGGAACUUUGUUCCCUGUGGAGAAAUUUUACAGCACUGAACGCCCAACAAAUUAUAUAGAAUCUUCACUCAGAACAGCUAUAGAUAUCCAUGCCAAGGAACCUCCUGGGGAUGUCUUAAUAUUUAUGACAGGAAAGGAUGAUAUUGACAAGAUGGUCUCAAAAUUGGAGGAAAGAAUUCAAAAUCUUGAGGAAGGCUCCUGCAUUGAUGCUCUUGUCCUUCCUCUUCAUGGUUCUUUGCCACCUGAGCUGCAGGUUAGGGUAUUUGCUCCUGCACCUCCAAACUGCCGACGCUUCAUUGUUGCAACAAAUGUUGCUGAAACUUCGCUGACUGUAGAUGGUGUCGUGUUCGUGAUUGAUUGUGGUUAUGUAAAGCAGCGCCAAUACAAUCCAUCAAGUGGAAUGUAUUCACUUGAUGUAGUCCAAAUCAGCAGAGUGCAGGCUGAUCAGCGAGCAGGGCGAGCUGGAAGAACUCGGCCCGGCAAGUGCUAUAGGCUAUACCCAAUUUCCAUAUAUCAGAAUGAGUUUCUUGAGGCAACAGUUCCUGAAAUUCAACGCACUUCUCUUGCUGGAAGUGUUCUGUAUCUGAAAUCGUUAAAUCUUCCAGACAUCAACGUACUGAAGUUUGAUUUUCUAGAUCCACCAUCACGUGAGUCAUUAGAAGAUGCUUUGAGGCAAUUAUACCUCAUUGAUGCAAUUGAUGAAAACGGGCAAAUAACAGAUGUUGGACGAGUUAUGGCAGAGCUCCCUCUUGAACCGUCUCUUUCAAGGACCUUGAUUGAAGCAAAUGAAUUGGGAUGCCUGUCUCAGGCAUUAACUGUUGCUUCGAUUUUGUCAGCAGAAAUCACAUUGCGAUCAGCUAGCAAGGACAUGGAUGGGAAGAGGAAAAGGCAGGAGCUUCCUGAUGGUUCUGGCUGGGGUGACCAUAUACAAUUGCUUCAGAUAUUCGAAAGCUGGGAUCAGUCUGGUUAUGAUCCAAAAUGGUGCUCUGAUCAUGAUUUGCAGGUGCGGAGUAUGAAAUUGAGCAAAGAUGUGAGGAACCAACUAUGCCAGAUUAUUAAAAAAAUUGCAAAAGGUUCAACUGAUGUGCAUGCAAGGAAAAGCCAGAAGAGUGACCCUGACUAUAGAAAGCUGAGGAGAGCUCUCUGCGUAGGAUAUGGUAACCAGCUAGCUGAGAGGAUGCUGCAUCACAAUGGCUACCAUACUGUUGGCUAUAGGACCCAACUUGUACAGGUGCAUCCAUCUUCUGUACUGGAAGGUGAUGAGUAUGGGAAGUUUCCCAAUCGAGCAGAGCAGACAGGAGGAGCCGAGAGCCCAACGUCGGAGAUAUCCUCCGCCGCCCUGGAGACGCUGGCCAGCGCCAUGCGGCGCGAGAACCGCCGGUCCAAGGCCCCGUCCUCCGCCUCCGCCCUCGCCUCGGGCAGGGUCAGCGUCAUGGCCUUUCUCUCCUGCCUCGCCUGGCUCUACGUCGCCGGCCGGUUGUGGCAGGACGCGCAGACCCGGGCGAUCCUGUCCGGCCUCCUCGAGAAGAGGCGCUCUGGCAGCGUCCCGAAGGUGCUAUCGGUGGAGGACAUGCUUAGGAACCUCGGAUGCAAAGCGAUUGGAAGGAAAAUUGUUGAGGCGGAGAUGGACGUGACCAAGGCCAAGAGCAAGGGGUACCUGGCGGGGAACAGGACUGCAGCUGUCGACUCCGACAAGAAGCAGAAGCUUCUUGCUGUCAUUGGUGUUUACACUGGGUUUGGCUCUCGUCUCAAGAGGAACGUCUUCCGUGGCUCCUGGAUGCCAAGAGGUGAUGCUCUGAAGAAGCUUGAGGAAAAGGGUGUAGUUAUUCGUUUUGUUAUUGGUCGGAGUGCAAAUCGAGGUGAUAGCUUGGACCGUAAUAUUGACGAUGAAAAUCGGCAGACAAAGGACUUCUUGCUUCUUGAAAGUCAUGAAGAGGCUGCAGAAGAAUUACCGAGCAAAGCAAAGUUUUUCUUCAGUGCCGCAGUCGAAAGCUGGGAUGCAGAAUUCUAUGUCAAAGUUGAGGAUAACAUUAAUCUUGACUUAGCUGGGUUAAUUGAGAUGCUCGAAGGCCGUCGAGGUAGCCAAGGAUUGUAUAUGGGUUGUAUGAAAUCAGGGGUUGUCAUAAACAAAAAUAGAGAUGCUUAA